UGUCGCCUGAAGACUCACAAGAUUCUCCACACAUACGGUGCACCUGAUCCUCUGAGCUGGACGUCUGAAGCGAUGAUCACAAACAUGAUUGUGUUGCUGUGUUUGUCUGCGCUGUUUCCUGUCUUGAUGGGCACCAAUGCGGUCAAAUCCGAUUGUUUUCUUGCCAGAGACUGCUCUGAUGUUUAUUCAAGUGGGAAAAAUGCCAGUGGCGUGUACACCAUCACCACAUUGGAUGGACCGGUCAACGUCUACUGCGAGAUGGUCUCCGGUGAAACAAAUGACAGAGGACACUGGACGGUGUUUCUCAGGCGAAUGGAUGGUGAGGUGAAUUUCUUUAGGCCAUGGGAGAGUUAUAAGAAGGGUUUUGGUAAUAAAGAAGGCGAAUACUGGCUGGGUUUAGAGUUUCUUCACCAGCUGACCAGCAGGUAUCAGUAUAAACUGAGAGUAGAUGUGGAGGACUUUGAAGGGAAGAAGGCUUAUUCUCUGUACGAGUCUUUCUCUGUGGAAUCUGAGGCUAAUGGGUACAAACUGCGUGUAAGCGGCUUUGUAAACGGAGGAGCAGGUGACUCUUUGAGUUAUCACAAUGGAAUAAAGUUCUCCACCUUUGACAAAGACCAAGAUGGUUGGAGCGAUAACUGUGCUAUGAAAUACUCUCUAGGAGCAUUUUGGUACAACAAUUGUGAUCACACAAACCCUACUGGUCUUUACUUGUGGGGAAAAGAUGAUGGCAGUUUGUAUGUUGGGGUCAACUGGUACUACUUUAAGAACAACAGGAAAACUCUGAAGUCCAUCACCAUGAAGAUCAGACGUGUGAUGUAGUGGGUUUCCAUCUCUACAAAUGCUUCACUGCAGCUUGUGCACAUCCGCAACUCCAUUGUCCUAAAGUAAAAUAACAGAAAAUAGGUUCAUGUCUCUUCGGCAUGCUUUGUCUGCUAUGAUUCUGAAGCAAUAAAAGAUUACG